AUGUGCUACUUCGACCAGACUCGCUGGAUAUGCGGCUAUUGGCGUUGGGGUCACUUCCGUCAGCAGUGCAACAAAGAGUACCGUAUGGGAGAGACGUGCGGACUAAAACUUGUCUACGACACCAAGAACGAGCCUGAAAUUUGUAAACUCUGCAGAGAUAUAGAGAAGAAACAACGCCGCUAUGACAAGAUGUACAGCGACGUCCAACGUUGGCAUCGUGAGGGUGGUCGCAAUGCCACCAUUGAACGAACGUGCGCUGAAAUGGACGACGUGCUAGGUCAAAUGAACCGCAUGACGAGGGAGCAUGAUCAAAGGCUAAGAACGCUUGGCCAGAUGACAGGAUCUCAGAACCGAUUUGCCAACGGAGCAUAUCCUGAGCUACUAGAGCAAAUUAUGCUCUACUGCUCUGCUUUGCCGAGAAUGAUGGCAUAUAGCUCAUUCGGCGAGCUGAUGACGGAGCAGAGGUCUACUAGGACACCGACGCAUGUUAUUCUAUAA